CGUGUAUGUCAUAUAAUUGCGACUUUACCCAACUGUAAAUAACAGGUUAAUUUUACCAUCACCAUACUGCAUGUUUCGAAGGUGUGGUUGUGGUUUAAGUAAGCAGACAAAUGCCCGACUGCACAUUUUUACUUAAAUGUCAGCAAACCUGUGAUGUUACUAACAUCAGCUGCAGAAGACUGGGUUUGGAUUAAUGCAUUGUUCUAGCCACAGCCUGUGUCAGUAGAAUUUGUUCGUACGUGUGAGAAUGGAAGAAGAAAAUAUUUUAAAGAACCUAAUUAAACUCGUUCAAGAUGGACAACUAUGCCUCCUUAAAGAAGCACUCGAAGCUAAUGACGAUAUCCGACAAGCAGUUAUUAGGGGGCAUUUCGGUAGAUCUGGUGAUACACUUCUACAUUAUGCAGCCAGACACGGACACUUAGAUAUUUUGAAAUAUUUACUUGAAGACAUAGAUAUGGACAUUGAGUUGCACAACAACGAUUACAAGAGAUCACUUCAUGAAGCCUCUUCAAUGAGCCAUGAGCCCUGCGUCAGCUACCUUUUAGAAAGAAGAGCCAAAGUGGACUGUUUGAAAAAGGCAGAUUGGACGCCUUUGAUGAUGGCGUGUACUAGACGCAGCGUGGAGGUCAUCGAGCUGUUGCUGGAGGAAGAUGCCAACCCCUCCCUGAAGAACAAAGAUGGCUGGACAGCGUUUCAUAUUGCCUGCCGCGAGGGUGAUCCCGCAGUCAUAGAGCGCCUCCUACAGGCCAACAGUGAGCUGUGGAGGACAGAAAGCAAGACUAAACGAACACCUUUACACACAGCAGCCAUGCAUGGGUGUGAAGACGUUGUCCAAAUUCUUCUGGAGAGGUGUGAGUAUGAACGAGACAGCCGAGACAGCUGUGGCGUCACUCCCUUCAUGGACGCAGUGAGAAAUGGUCAUAUCCCCAUUGCCCGAUUACUCUUGGACAAACACCAGGCCUCUCCUGUAGCUGUGGAUGUGUUAGGGGUGCAGCCUUUGCACCAGGUGUGUGUUACAGCCCAGGAGGGGGCACUGUGCUUCCUGGUUCAGGAGCUGGGUGUGGACAUCAACACCAGAGCCACCAAAAUGCAGCUGACCGCACUACAUUAUGCUGCCAAGGAAGGACACACUAACACUUUGAAGACUCUUCUAGAACUGGGGGCAGAUCUGUAUGCCACAGACACAAAGGGUCGCACAGCCUUGCACAUGGCGAGUAUAGGUCAGCACGCAGACACAGCUGGUGCUCUGCUGGCUCUGGGGCUGUCGGACUCAGCGGACACGUCAGGCGUCAGGGCAGUGCAGCUCGCCAGGAAACCCACUGUCAAAACUGUGCUCGAAAGCCACACCCAGGACACACCAUGAAUACACACACACACACACACACACACACCAUGAGUACACACACACAACAUAAACACACACCAUGUGUCACAAUGCACACCAGUUAAACACACUAUGACAGUCUAUGCAGUGCCCGUUCAUGCAAGUCAUCUUCCCAUAUAAUUGAAUGUUGUGUAUGUGAACACAACAUACAGACAGAUGUCUGGAUUUCUAGCAGAAAGUUCAUUCCAUUCCAUUGGGAGCAACUGAGAGCACACUGGGUGCACAUGUAUAUUCCCUCCUCCAUUAUUCACAAAAUAGUGUCAACAGUGACUGUGAUAUUUCAUAUACCAGUCCUGGGUUUGUUCCCAUGGAAACUGCAGCCUGUUAGAUGGUAACCUAGAAGAGCCUCAGUGUUUUCAUUUCCUUAUCCUCUGUGCAGUUAAGGGAGGGUUCCCAGCUAAUUCCCCUGAGAGAUCUGUCUGACAUGGGUAGCAUGUGUGGGAUUAACAACAGCAGCAGACUGCGCCAUAUUGUCCCUCUGAAUCUCUAACACUGUGUAUUUCAGUCAUGUGACCUGCUGCUCCACUAUUGUACUACUGUCUUUAUGUGUGGCACGCCAGAAGGGUGUGAAUGUGUGUGUUUGACAGAGGGGAGGAGGGAGGUAGAGAGAGAAUCCUGCUUGUCAAGAUAGACCUGCUCGAGACUGAUGACCAUCUGCACAAAGUAAACAAUAAAAGACUUUACCAAACCAA